CUCUAGCAGGCUGGGCUGAGAGUGGAGUGUCCCCUGCUUCUCUCCCUCCCUCCCAGCUUGGCAUCACCCAGGACCUGGAGCUGAGCAGGUUGGGAUCCCCCACCCACGAGCCUUGUGGACCUCUGUGCAUCUCCCCUGGGGAGGGACUUCCAGCCUCAUGGUAGUGGCCUGAUGAUCACCUGGGCAUCCUUGUGUGCAUUCAUGCAACACUAGUUGGAGGAGGAGGGUGGCAAAUGAACAUCUGUAUGCAACAAAGGCACUUGAGCUGGAGCCGCAGGAUCUCCUUACUGUCAGAAGAGUCUGCCCGUGCCAUGAGGCUGCAUGCGAAGGUGUGACACUAUGUGAAAGCAUGUGCUCUGGAUCAGUGUCAUGCUUGUGCCUCCUGCUGCUGUUGCUGCUUCUGCCCUCCCUGCCCCCAGAGCCCUUCCAGCAGAUUGGGGUGCUGAGCCCCCGCCCAGACGGGCCGGGCCCCCCACUAGCUUCCCCUGUCCUGCCUGUGCCCGCGGUGCCCCUCAGGGCCCUGCCCUCAACCCAGCCGGCAGGAUGAUGUGUGAGGUGAUGCCUACCAUCAGCGAGGACAACCGCCGUGGCUCGGCCUAUGGGGCCGACGAGGCCAACUUUGAGCAGCUCAUGGUAAACAUGCUGACGGAGCGCGAGCGCCUGCUCGAGACCCUGCGUGAUACCCAGGACAGCCUGGGCACUGCCCAGCUCCGCCUCCGGGAGCUUGCCCACGAGAAGGAGUCCCUGCAGCGCCAGCUCAACAUCGCCCUGCCCCAGGAGUUUGCAGCGCUCACCAAGGAGCUGAACGUAUGCCGGGAGCAGCUGCUGGAGCGUGAGGAGGAGAUCACAGAGCUCAAGGCCGAGCGGAACAACACCCGGCUGCUGCUGGAGCACCUAGAGUGCCUGGUGUCACGGCAUGAGCGGUCGCUGCGCAUGACGGUAGUGAAGCGCCAGGCCCAGUCCCCAGCUGGAGUCUCCAGUGAGGUCGAGGUGCUCAAGGCUCUCAAGUCUCUCUUUGAGCACCACAAGGCCCUGGAUGAGAAGGUCCGAGAGCGGCUGCGGGUGGCACUGGAGCGGGUGGCAGUACUGGAGGAGGAGCUGGAGAUGUCCAACCAGGAGUCCCUGUCCCUGCGGGAACAGCUGGCCCGGCGCCGCUCUGGCCUUGACGACGUGGGGAAGGAUGGCGAUGCUCCGGCGUCGGGGGUGAAUGGGAUGGGGGGGCCAGCAGGGCGGGGAAGCCGCGAGGUGGAGCUGGAGGAGGUGUUGGAGCGGCAGCGGGGGGAGCUGGCCCAGCUGCGGGAGCGCCUCAGCCUGCUGUGUCGCCAGCUGGCUGAGCUGGAGGAGGCGCUGGCUUCCGCCCACCGUGACCUGGCCAAAGCCCAGGAGAGCAACGCUAAGCUGCAGCGUGACCUCAAGGAGGCGCUGGCACAGCGUGAGGACAUGGAGGAGCGCAUCACCACACUGGAGAAGCGGUACCUGAGUGCCCAGCGUGAGGCCACUUCCCUGCACGAUGCCAAUGACAAGCUGGAGAAUGAGCUGGCCAGCAAGGACUCCCUCUAUCGUCAGAGCGAGGAGAAGGGACGCCAGCUUCAGGAAUGGCUGGAGGAUGCCAAGGCGAAGCUGCAGCAGACCCUGCAGAAGGCUGAGACACUGCCCGAGAUUGAGGCCCAACUGGCCCAGCGUGUGGCUGCCCUCACCAAGGCUGAGGAACGACAUGGGAACUUUGAGGAACGGCUGCGACAGCUGGAAGCACAGCUGGAGGAGAAGAACCAGGAGCUCCAGCGGGCACGCCAGCGGGAGAAGAUGAACGACGAGCACAACAAGCGGCUCUCGGAGACAGUGGACAAGCUGCUCUCGGAGUCCAAUGAGCGCCUGCAGCUGCAUCUCAAGGAGCGCAUGGGGGCCCUGGAGGAGAAGAACUCGCUGAGUGAGGAAAUUGCCAACAUGAAGAAGCUGCAGGAUGAGCUGCUUUUGAACAAGGAGCAGCUGCUGACAGAGAUGGAGCGGAUGCAGAUGGAGAUUGAUCAACUCCGAGGCCGCCCUGUGUCCACCUACUCUAGGUCCCUGCCGGGCAGUGCCCUGGAACUGCGGUACUCUCAGGCACCCAGCAGCUCCCACCUGGACCCCUACAGUGGCUCCGGUGCCCCCCGCAGGCACCGCAAGGGCCGCUGGGCCCCCAAGGAUGAGGCCACCAAGGUGCAGGAGUGGGAGCGGGCACAGCAGGGGGGACCCCUGGCCCAGCCGCCCUUUGAGGGGGCCCUGGAGGGCUCGGAUGAAGAUGAGCAUGACCCCCUCUUUGGCUCGGCCGACCUUCUCUCGCCCAGCGGGCAGACAGACGUGCAGACCCUCGCCUUCAUGCUGCAGGAGCAGCUUGAGGCCAUCAACAAAGAGAUCAAGCUGAUCCAGGAGGAGAAGGAGUGCACAGAGCUGCGUGCGGAGGAGCUGGAGAGUCGUGUGGGUCCCUCAGCGCUGGAUGGGUCGCUGGGCCGGUACCGGGCCAGCAGCUCCAUCCCCCCCUCAGUCACCAGUUCCACGCUGGCCAGCCCCUCGCCCCCCAGCAGUGGGCACUCGACCCCCCGCCUGGUACCCCACAGCCCCGCCCGCGAGGGAGACAAGGCGAAUCACGUGGCCAAAGAGGAGCCCCGUGGGGCAGAGGAGAAGGCGCUGGUGCCCUGUGAGACGCCUCCCCCCACCACUCCCCGUGCCGCCCGCCUGGAACGUAUGACCCAAGCCCUGGCCCUGCAGGCUGGAGCCCUUGAGGAUGGCAGGGACCUGCGGGCAGGGCUGGGCCUUGACAGUGCCAACAGCAGCCAGGAUCCUCUGCACAAAUCCACCAAGAAGAAAAGCAUCAAGUCGUCCAUUGGGCGCCUCUUUGGCAAGAAAGAGAAGGGGCGGAUGGGACCGCUAGGCCGUGACUCCCCCUCCCUUGCUGGGACCCCUUCAGAUGAGUUGUCCCCUGCAGACCCCCUGGGGCUCUCCAAGCUGACGGGGCCCGUGGACAAGGACCGGCGCAACAAGAGGAAGCAUGAGCUGUUGGAGGAGGCCUGUCGGCAGGGGCUGCCCUUCGCUGCCUGGGAUGGCCCCACUGUGGUAUCCUGGCUCGAGCUGUGGGUCGGGAUGCCGGCAUGGUACGUGGCAGCCUGCCGAGCCAAUGUGAAGAGUGGGGCCAUCAUGGCCAACCUGUCGGACACCGAGAUCCAGCGGGAGAUUGGCAUCAGCAACCCCCUGCACCGCCUCAAGCUACGCUUGGCCAUCCAGGAGAUGGUGUCACUCACCAGCCCCUCAGCCCCUGCCACCUCCCGCACGUCCACGGGCAAUGUGUGGAUGACGCAUGAGGAGAUGGAGUCACUCACAGCCACAACAAAGCCAGAGACCAAGGAAAUCAGCUGGGAGCAGAUCCUGGCCUAUGGGGACAUGAACCACGAGUGGGUAGGCAAUGAGGGGCUGCCGAGCCUGGGGCUGCCCCAGUACCGCAGCUACUUCAUGGAGUCGCUGGUUGACGCCCGCAUGCUCGACCACCUCAACAAGAAGGAGCUGCGCGGCCAGCUCAAGAUGGUGGACAGCUUCCACAGAGUGAGCCUGCACUACGGGAUUAUGUGUCUGAAACGACUCAACUAUGACCGCAAGGACCUGGAACGCAGGCGGGAAGAGAGUCAGAAUCAGAUCAAAGACGUGAUGGUGUGGUCCAACGAGCGGGUGAUGUGCUGGCUGCAGCUGAUUGGGCUGAAGGAGUUUGCCAACAACUUGGCGGAGAGUGGGGUGCAUGGCGCGCUGCUGGCUCUCGAUGACACUUUUGACUGCAGCGACCUGGCCCUGCUGCUGCAGAUCCCCACCCAGAACACCCAGGCUCGGCAAAUCCUGGAGAAGGAAUUCGCUAACCUCAUCACCAUGGGAACUGAGCGGCGGCUGGAUGAGGACAGCACCAAGACGUUCAGCCGGUCGCCCUCGUGGCGCAAGAUGUUCCGGGAGAAGGACCUGCGGGGGGUGAGCCCCGACUCCGCUGAGAUGCUGCCCCCCAACUUCCGCAGCGCUGCCAUCGCCUCACCCAGUGCCCAGCUGCGCAAGGUGCAGCCUGAAGGAAACUCCUUGUCCAGUCAACGAGGGGACAGUGUCUCAGUGCGAACCUACUCCUGCUAGUGCCCACCUGAGGGACACCUCAACAUGGAUGGAUGGAUGGACAUAGCCACCGCCGGAGGAAGUGCGGGGCCUGACCCUCACCCUGCCAUGGAGGGGGCAGGGGGCCUAUGCCUGAGCCCUUCCCCGAGAGCCUUUCCCGCCCCUGCCCAGAGGAGGCGUGGCUGCUGCUGUGUGCAUGUGUGGGGAG